UUUAGGGCGGGCUCAGGGCACGCAGCGGGCCGAUGGCGGAGGCGGCGCAGGGCCGGGUCCAGGCCGCGGUGGAGAGCGCGGUGCAGGCGCUGGAGCGGGAGCGGAUCCGCGCCAUGCAGGGGACGAUGUUCCGGUGCAGCGCGCGGUGCUGCGAGGACGCGGCGGCCUCGAUGCAGGAGGUGCAGCGCUGCAUCGAGCGCUGCCACGCGCCCCUGGCACGCGCCCAGGCCAUCGUCACCGCCGAGCUCGAGCACUUCCAGGACCGGCUGAGCCGCUGCUCGCUGCAGUGCUCGGACCAGGCCAAGGACGCGCUGGAGUCGGGGGGCUCGGAGCCGCGCGUGCGGGGCCAGCUGGACGCGUGCCUGGCCACCUGCGGGGACCAGCACCUGCGCCUCGUGCCCGCCAUGGCCAAGAAGAUGCGGGACGGGCUGGCCGCCAUCGAGCAGUGA